UCGGACCAUCAGAGGAGUAAGUGGUGGGUGCCACACCUGCUCUCAAGCACUAGCAGGAGUGUCUUGUGAAAGCGAGAGGAUAAAAGUGUUACCAAAAAAAAUAGAAAUAACACAUACAACAAAUCCCAGUGUUCUUAGAGGAUUUAUAAUCCUUGUGGAAAUAAUGAGAAGUUACAUAUUAUAACCAAUAUUGUGCUUAGUUGAUUUUUAGUUUAAAUAAAUCGAACUUUGAUGAGAAUUAAUAAAUGUUGGCAUCCGGAUUUAAGAGACGUGUGUAGUGGUGCCCGAUUAGGGCAUUAUAGAAGUGAUUUAUUAUAAUCCUGAUUCGAGGUAGGUCUCUCGCGAGACCCCCUCCCCCCCACCUGAGUCAUGGGCGUGAGGAGAGGGUGGUGGGCGUGUUGGGUGGCGUUACUGGUAACGGGCGGCCCUACACCUUGGGUGCUGAGAAGGAGCUCUGCAGCAGCUGACCCAACGCCUGCUCCUGACCCCAACUUGGCGGCGCUUGGCGGACUGGGCGGCCUCAGUGGACUGGCAGGAGGCGGCGGCGGCGGCGCAGCUGGAGGAGCCGGAGGUUCCUGUAGCAACCAAGACUUCCUCACUAAUUUGCUGGUGUACCAGUACCUCUCUGGCGGCAUCCCAGGAGGUCAGGCAGGAGCACACCCACAACUGGCUGCCCUGCUCGGCUCACAGGGCCCAGCAACGACCACAGUGACGCGGGUGUCGAAGACAGUGACGACCCUGAGUGUGGACGUGCCCGCAACGACCCUUUUCACCACCUCCACCACCUCCUACGUUACCACCAUCACCUCCGUCGAGUCUAAGGUCAUCCCCGUCAUCUUUCGCGGCUCCAAGAUCACUACCACCAUCACCGAGUCCAACGAGGAGGUGAUCACGGCGACGGAGUACUUCACCGAGUCCUCCGUGCACCAGCCCUCCAUCGUCCAGACGCUGCCGGUCCACAUCACGCUGACGGAAAUCAAGACGCGGGGGAUCAACGGCCAGUACACUGUCUUCGAUGUCACCGUCGGGGCGACGUCCGUCGGCCAGGAGCCCGUCUCCACUGCUUCCCUCGACCUAGAUACAACAGGCCUAGAUCUGGCCAACCUGGACCUAUCGCAGUUAGAUCUGACGAGCAUAGCCAGUAGUUUACAAAAUGCUGACGGUGAAAAUAGUCAGAUGCUGUCCGUGCUCUCCUCGCUGCUCCAAAAUUAUGAUGAGACAGGAGAAGAGGAUCCCCUCGGGGCUUUCUCUGCGGGCACCAGCAGCAGCAGCGGGGGCAAUAAACAACGAGAAUUCAGAGGACCUCCACCCAGGAACCGAAAUAUCGGAGGCACCAGAUUCAGCGACAGUCAAGAUUAUGCUGAUUAUGAAGAACCGGUGGACGAGGCUCCGAAGUUCAAUGUGCUGCGUGGGUUCACACUAAGUGACCGCGUCGCCAGCGUGACCUCCAGCUCACCCUCCACUGGCAGGGCGGCCACAGACACACGCUACAGCAAAUUCCAGAGGAAGGACCGAGUUGAAAACAACGGAAUAAGCACAACUGAGUCGAGUCCGCGGGAAAGUGAGAGGUUUUCCGCUUCUACUCGUCGGCGCACUCUCACCAGGACCGAUGAUCGACGGCGAACCACCAAAGGAACCACUGGCCGAGCUCCCAGUACGCGGUUCGUGCCAGCCGUCGAGUCCCAGUAUUUUGAGGAGGAAUCCCCGACUUUCCGUCCUUUUGGCCAAAGACGAGACCGUGAAAUAUCAACACGCCGCCGUGGAAAUCUUGAAGAACGAGGCUCAUCUUCACCUCUUCGUUCCAGAAAUAUGCCUCGACCCCGCGUCACAACAAACUCUAUUCCGCCAAUCGGCGGCUCUCGGCAAGAAGACCGCCCCAAAGCCGCACCGCAGGCUUCAGAAGCUCCUGAACCCACGCCUGCGUCGGGUCUAAGCACUGUCUUAACAAUGUACAUCAGUGGAUCGGAACCGGGAGAAUUCCAUACGAGAGUUCAGACCAUUUACCUCAGGUCUCUCGGGUCUUCUAGGAGGCGUAGAGAUGCAAACGAACAACCAUUCACAAAACUUUUUGAGUCUGCUACGAUCUCUGCAACAUCUGACCCGGGCGAAUUCCAUACGAGGGUUCAGACCAUUAAACACAGGUCUCUCGGGUCUUCUAGGAGAGAUGUAAACGAACAAUCAGUCACGAAACCUUUCGGGUCUGCUACAAUAUCGGCAACAUCUGAUACAACCAAGAUUCCCGAAAUUCCGCCAGCAGCAGACCCGCAGAAGAUUGUCCAACUCUUGAAAACCUUAAAUCCAAAGCAGGUACGAGACAUGCUUCAGUCUUUGCAAAAGUGGGUCGAUUACUACAGCGAAGAAGUAUUGGAAGAGACCAGCAACAGCAUAUUACCGGAGCUGACCUCUUCUCUGAGCCUAGAGAGUUCAGAGGUCGAGAGCAGCGCCACUAUGGUCCUACCGCGUCCCCCGUCGGUCGUCACCCGCGCCCCUCGAGCGACAGACCUCUGUCCCGCACCGCCAACUGUGACUACAACGGUGUACCGCACUGUUGUGGUCACCUCGGGAGUCAGUUUAGACGUUUCCAAAGCCUAAACAAAUGUGUUUCCCCUUUCCCCUUCCCUCCCUGGCAGGCACUGUGCCCCUCUCUCUGUGUGGAGUGCCAGGGCGGGCGUCUGCCGCCUCACAUGGGCUGGCAGCACCUCAGAAGCCUGGUGGUAUUUAUGAGUGCCUGUCUCCGCUGUAUAUAGAUGCCUGUGUGUGUAUCAGGACUGUAUAUAUAUUUGUGUUCAAGUUGUGUGUGUAUAUGUGAGUGUUUACGUGAGGGACCCACCCAGCUCAAAUAAUCCAAAUGCCUCAAGGACGUCGAGGAUACUUAUGGGAGUGCUCAGGGGAUCUUGUGGGGGUCAACAGGUCAUGUCCUCCCAGAGAUUUUUACUCUCUCUGAUAAUUAAGUUAGAAAUAUCUGAAUCAAAUAGCAAGAACAAUUUUUGUAAACUGGAAAACAUAAGUAUUCAGACACUUAUUGCAGGAAGAAUAAAUUAACAUUUAUAAAGCAAUGAAUAUUUAUUCCAUUUAUCGACCCCUAUGUCUCCACUCCCCCCUCCCUCCCCCCCACAAAAGAGACAUACAUCAACCUGUGUUUUCUAAGAUUCCUUGCAAGUCUUCAAAGUGCUCCCAAGUGUCCCACUGUAUAUGAUGCUUCCAACUGGGAAAAACUGUUGGAAGAUAUUAAGCUUAUGGUAUGUAUCAUAUCGUCGUUCGCAGUUAGGUGAAGUUAAUGCACAUUUUCUAGUUCGUAUACUGAAAAAAGUCGUGUUUGAGUCGCUGUUGAAAAUGCAAGAAAAUAAUAAAAAUAUUCUUAUUUUUUUGGGGGGUGAUUUUGUAAAACAUUAAUAUUUUCUCUGCACAGAAUAAAUAUUGUAAUAAUGAAAAAAAAUGAAAAAUAUUGGCCAGUUGAAACUACAGAAAAGCUCUAACUCGUCAUACAAUUUACAGUCGGGUGAACGAAAUACAAUGAACCAAUAACCUGCCAAUCUCGGAUGUUUCGCCUGCAUGAGACGGUACAUGGAAAUGGUACAGUGGGAGCGUAGUGUAUCCCAACCUCUAGCUGAAGUUUAAGCUCAGAUUCACCUGUAAGAUUUGUUAAACAAUUGCUAUUGUAUUUCCGUCUUUUUCCAGUAUUGUGCGAGUCUUGUUGAUUCUCUAGAGUCUAUGGUGUUUAGUGAUUGUAUAUAUAUACUUGUAUAUAUAUAAUAUUGUUUUGGAGUGGUGGCGUAAAAAUAUGUUUACUGGAUAUUUUUGUCUCCAGGGGGCAUUUUUGUAGUCAUUUCAAGAAAUUGUUGAUUAGCAGCUAAUAAUCAUUGAAUCAUUAAGCGUGCUCACUGGAUUGGGUGGCCAUAAUUCUGUUGCCGAGUACCUGACCUAGUUUCCAAUCACACAGGCUUUACCAAUUUGCUGAUAAUUCAUUCUGGCGCAUGCUAACAGAAUCCUGGGAUUGAUAGAUUGAUUACCAUUGCAACAUUGUUUAAGAUACCCAAAACUUGAUAAAAAAAAAGUAGGUACGAACCUGAGGAUUGACUGAUUGUUCAUGUGUGCUACAGUCCACGUAGAGUACAGGAAGGACAGUGAGGGUACAGAUUUUGUAACUGGAUGAUUAGUCAUUUAAUUAAGUUCAUGGUUACAAGGCAGUGGAUAUAUAUAUAUAUAUAUAUAUAUAUAUAUAUAUAUAUAUAUAUAUAUAUAUAUAUAUAUAUAUAUAUAUAUAUAUAUAUAUAUAUAUAUGAGGAUCAAAACCAUCUGUGGAGUGAUUCUGUACAAAAUAUAUAAAAAUGUUUGCGAAUUUUCUCACUCUCUUACUGUCUCUUUCUCAAAGUUGGGUCCACUAACCAAAGGUUAAUUUUCUUAAGAAAAUGAGUUUCAGUGUAAGAUUUUUAAAGUUACCAGUGAAGCCGAUGAGUUUACGAGACACUUCCCAUCACUCUGGACCCUUAAUACUGAGAAUGUAAAUAGCAUGUAAACAAAAAAUCCCAAUUAAUAAUGCAUUAGUCUCAGUAUUUUAAAAAAUAUAUCAAUGUUUAAACAAAUUUCAGAACAAAAAUAAUUUGCUGGUAAAAAAAAUUUCCCCUUAGGUAUAAAAUCAUGACAUGGAAAUUUAUAUAGAUUUUUAUUCUGGUAAUUAUUUAUAUUAUGCCCAGAACUAACGAGGGUGUAAUGUUAUCUCUAAUGUUCAUAAAUGUAUAUUGACGUAUAAUAAUCAAUCAAUCUUAGUGACGUGAAUAACUUGAAGCCAGCAACAGAGAAGAAAUGAAUUAUACAUUAUAUAAUGUUAGAUUUUCUUCUAUAUUGCAACAAGAAAUAAAAAUUAAUAUCGCUGGAGAUGUCAUAAAGGAGCGACUGAAGUGUUUAGCAUAACGCAAGUGAUUUUUAAGGAUAACAGAAAUGUUUCAUGAAAUAGAAGUGUUUGUAUUAAUAGAAUAUUAUUGUUUAUGCCACAAGUCUAUUUCUCUAGGAAUGACUGUUUGGGAUUAGUUUUUCUUAAGGCAUGACAUACAGAUUUGUGUUGACGUAUUGACUUGUCUGACUCGACAAAAUUGUUUGGCGAGACGAGUGUUUGAUGAGGCAGAGGCAUUUACAAUCACAAUUAUAGCUCGCAGACACACUCAAGCGACUCACUUUAGCAAUGCACUCAACCAUACGAAACAGUAUUAAAAUAGCAGUGAAUCUUUGAGCUUUAUCCUUUACAAGUGCAAUAAUGUGAGUUUGGUGGAGUAUUCGUGACGGUAAGGACGAGAGUGUGAGACUGAGUGCGUCAGUCUGUGUCAGCCUUGAGUGCGUCGGGUUGAAGUGUGUUGGCUACGUUGGUUCACAUCUGCCACAGUUUCACUAUGACGGUCGCAAUCUAUAAUACACAAUUGGGUUAAAAGUUGCAUCUUUUGUCUUUAAUUGUCGCAUUUUCACGAUACAGUUAUUUAUUAGAGUUAUUAUUAAUUUGUUGAGAGGUCAAAAGAUUAAUAUGUUACACGCACUCGUUAGUGAAGGGUUAAAAUGACCCUUAAAUGAAGCGCCAGUAGGGACGGGUUUUGCUAUUGAACAGUUUAUGAACUUGCUUAUAUAUUAUUUCAUAUAUGUUUUAUAUUAGAAUUAUUAUCAUUGUUGUUGUUAUUCUUCUGUCAUUAUUUUUUAAUUAUUUUAUUGUAUAAUUAAUUUCAUUAUCAAUAUUUAAUUGUUAUUAUUGUAAUUUCCUUUGAAUCAACUGUCAUAAUUGGUUAAACAACUAAUAGUUUUCAUCUAAGUUUCUGGCAGAAUAUAAAAUAAAUGCAUCAAUCUUUAUUUUCUACAGGGAUAUGUUUUUAGACCAGAUUUCAAAGUAAAGAUUAUGAUUUAAGUCAAUGGUAGUUUACACUCAAGGCUCUGGUGGAACCAUGGUGGUUCAUGGCACUGGCGGAACCAUGGUGGUUCAUGGCACUGGUGGAACCAUGGUGGUUCAUGGCACUGGCGGAACCAUUAUGGUUUGUGGAACUGAGUUGGCAGUUAUUGUACGCUCGUCAACCGUCUUAAGUCUGUCAGUCCUUCUUCAUUAUUCAACUAAUCACAUGUUAUAGAAUUAAUGUAUAUACGACUAUUUUAAGAUCAUGAAUAAACUCUUUUUUCUAAUGAAAA